CCGGCGGGGCCGGAGCUGCGGGGCGCUCGGAGCUGCCUCUCGCCAUGGGCGGCGGGUGCCGAGCCCCGGGGCUGCUGCUCGCCCACGCCGUGCUGCUCUGCGCCGCCGGGAGCGCCGCCACCCACCGCUCCGUGAAUCCCUGCUGCUAUUUCCCCUGCCAGAACCAAGGGGUGUGCAUGAGGGUCGGCCUGGAAGGAUACGAGUGCGACUGCACGAGGACAGGAUACUCUGGGGACAACUGCACCUCCCCCGAGCUCUGGACGCACCUCCGCAACCUGCUGAAGCCCAGUCCUGCCUUCUACCACUUCAUCCUAACCCAGUUCAGGUGGUUUUGGGACAUUAUCAACAGAACCUUCAUCAGAGACACGCUCAUGAGGCUCGUGCUCACAGCUCGUGCCAAUCUCAUCCCCAGCCCCCCCACCUACAACUCUGACUAUGGCUACAUCAGCUGGGAAGCCUACUCCAACGUCAGCUAUUACACCCGCAUCCUCCCACCCGUGCCGGACAACUGCCCGACGCCCAUGGGGACCAAAGGGAAGCAGCAGCUGCCCAACGCCCAGCUCCUGGCAGAGAGGUUCCUGCUCCGGCAGAAGUUUGAAGCCGAUCCGCGAGGCACCAACCUGAUGUUUGCCUUCUUUGCCCAGCAUUUCACCCACCAGUUCUUCAAGACGUCUGGAAAGAUGGGACGUGGCUUCACCAAGGCGCUCGGGCAUGGGGUGGAUCUUGGGCACUUGUACGGGGACAACCUGCAGCGGCAGCACCAGCUGCGACUCUUCAGAGAUGGGAAGCUGAAAUUCCAGGUGGUGGAUGGAGAGGUGUACCCCCCCGCAGUCACUGAUGCUCCAGUGCACAUGGUCUACCCGUCUGCCAUCCCCAAGGAGAAGCAGCUGGCGAUGGGGCAGGAGGUGUUUGGGCUGCUGCCGGGGCUCUGCGUGUACGGCACCCUCUGGCUGCGUGAGCACAACCGCGUCUGCGACAUACUGAAACGGGAGCAUCCCACCUGGAGCGAUGAGCAGCUCUUCCAGACGGCUCGUCUCAUCCUCAUUGGGGAGACCAUCAAGAUCGUCAUUGAAGACUAUGUCCAGCAUCUCAGUGGGUACUUCUUCAGCCUGAAGUUCGACCCUGAGCUGCUGUUUGGGACGCAGUUCCAGUACCGGAAUCGCAUUGCAGUGGAGUUCAACCAGCUUUACCACUGGCAUGGGCUGAUGCCCGACUCCUUCAUCAUCCAGGGAGAAGAGUACAGUUACGAGCAGUUCCUCUACAACACCUCCAUGCUCAUGGACUACGGCGUGGAGGCACUGGUGGAGUCCUUUUCCAAGCAGAUGGCAGGAAGGAUCGGUGGGGGACAAACCAUCAACGCUAACGUCUUGAAAGUGGCCGUUGGGGUCAUCAAGGAGUCCCGGCAGCUGAGGCUACAGCCAUUUAAUGAGUAUCGGAAGAGGUUUGGCAUGAAGCCCUACAAGUCCUUUCAGGAGCUGACAGGGGAAGAAGAGAAGGCGGCAGAGCUGCAAGAACUGUAUGGAGACAUUGAUGCUCUGGAGUUUUAUCCAGGCUUGCUGCUUGAGAAACCCCAACCCGAUGGUAUGUUUGGUGAAAGCAUGGUGGAGAUCGGAUCUCCGUUUUCCCUGAAGGGGCUUUUUGGAAACCCCAUCUGCUCCCCAGAGUACUGGAAACCCAGUACUUUUGGCGGAGAAACUGGCUUUGAGAUAGUUAAGACAGCAUCACUCAAGAAACUUGUGUGCCUCAACGUGAAGAAGUGCCCAUACGUGGCAUUCCGUGUGCCGGAUGCUGAGGAAAACAGCAGCCCUCGGGGUGGUGGACGAUCUGAUGAGCUCUAGGACCAGGAAAGCCUGCCCAGGUAGAGACCAUCUUUGCCCAGGCCCCGCCUGAGCCGAACUCCCAGCCUGGCACUGAAUGUCCCAUUCCAUACCGCAGGGUGCAGCAGGGACACAGGGACAUGCCCACCCCUGUGUUGAGCGGAAGCAGGACAGCAGAUGGUCCCAUCCUGGGCGUCCUCUACACCACCCUUUUGAAGAGAGACUGGUACCAGUGCUGUGAAAAGCUUGAGUGCGUCAGGAGUGUGGCUGCCACCGCUGUCCUCAGCAGACCCAGCUCUCGUGCUAGCUCAUACCUUCCGCUAAGCCAGCUUUGGGGUUCCCCAGAGGACACCCACCUCUUUAGGAUGCUCUGGACUCCCCUCUGCUUGGUCACCUUCCACCCCUGCUGCAUUCCAGCACCAGGACACCAGCAGCUUCUCUUCCACAGGGCUUCCCUGCUCGGGAUAGCAGAGUGCAGAGCCUGGGGAGACCUCGCAGUCCUUCCUCCUCUGCCGCACCCGGUUAAGGUGCUGAGCUCCCCAGGAGAGAUGGAGGAGGCAGCGCACUGAGGGAUGGGGAGGACACGCUGUAGGCGUUCAUGCUGUCCCACUGGUGACUAAGCUCGCAGGAGAAACCUGCGCUGAUCCACUUCUCCUGCAGCCGUUCUAGACUGUCCACCCCACCAUGCCCAGCACACAGGCACGGCUGAGAUGCAGCCAAGAAGGAACCAAAGCAACAUCUCUGCAGGAGGAGACCAGGGGACAAGCAGCAGAUCAGACCUCCCGCAACCCCACCUGCUGUCUGGGACCCUGGCACGUGUCGCCAGCCACCUGAGCGAGGCUGCUCGGAGCAAGAUGCCACCUCUAUGCAAACACAGUGGUGAAGUCACUUCCAUCCCAUGAUCAUUACACUUCCCUGCAGUAACAGCUCAGAACCGGCACGUCCCCAAGGCACACAGAGCACGCUUCCGUCCUGCUCCAGAAACGCACAUGGGUGUCAGCCCUCACCGACACAACACGGUAUCUGGCAGCCACUGUCACUGGCUUUGAUCCCCAUCAGAUCCCAUUUCAACUCCAAGAGAAUGGACAUUGAGAAUAUUAAAAGGUUUUAAGUCUCCUCUCAUGUCCUCCAGCCAGUUUCCAAGCUGUCUCGCCAGCGCCAGGCCCUGCAGGAGCGCAGGGUGCUCGGGAGGCAGGAUGCUCAGGAGAGGAGUCUCCGGGGCAUUGCUGGCGUCCCUGCUGGGACGUGGCUGCGCUGUGCCACCAGCAUCGCGGUCACUGCCGCUGGGCUGUGUCAUUGCCGACCGCAUCAAGAAAUGGACAAAUGGACGGAGCAACCCUCCUCAGGAACUGCCUCGGCAGGGGGGUCUCGGAGCUGGGGUCUCCUGUGAAGGUUUGAGCU